AUGGCGCAACUCGCCGCACGCACCAGCAUUGGUGAUAUCGCUGAACGCGCUCUGGACGCCCUACUGACGCCAUAUUUGAAUUCAGGAUCUGCGCAGCGCGCACAUCUAUCGGAGGUAGACGUUGGACAAAUCUCUACCAAUCUCAGCCGCAUAGGCAAGAUUUCGUGGAGCAGAGUUCCUCGUCUCUACACGGUCCUUCGCUUAGUUGACCAUGUGCAGGUCCUCGACGCAUUCCUCAACCAAGGCGUUUCCGAUGUCUGGUUUCCAUUCUCCGAAAGAACUUUGCCAGAAAGCUUACGAAGUUCUUCUGCUCGACUUAAGUUCCUAGACCUACAACACGUCGUAUUGGCAACAGCGCUAAGUUUGGAACGAGAGGAUACCGGCCAUUGCCAUUUUUCUAAACAAGAAGAUAUACCUCUAGAGAAGGUGCAAGAGCUAGGCAAAGGUGGGUUCGGAACCGUGGAUCGCGUCAUCAGUACUAUCACCUACACAGAAUAUGCGCGCAAACGCAUACCCCGGGGAAAGACAUUCAAGAAAGAUACCCAAAUACUAAGAGACUUUGAGCGUGAAUUAGGCCAUCUCAAAAAGCUGUCUCAUAUCCACAUCAUCAAACUCAUUGGAAGCUAUACCGAUCCUAGAUUUGUGGGGAUGUUGAUGUCACCAGUGGCGGACUGUGAUCUCAAAGACUUCUUAAAUCAGAAUCUCUUGAGUGCCGGACAGCGAUCAUUCUUGCGGACUUUCUUUGGAUGUCUUACCUCUGCCUUAUGCUAUCUUCACGAGAACCAGGUACGCCAUAAAGAUAUCAAGCCUCAGAACGUACUUGUGAAGGGCCAUAAUGUAUACUUGACAGACUUUGGGGUAUCUCUAGAUUGGUCAGACCUCGGCCAGAGCACAACAACUGGCGUAACUGUCAGAACUCCUCGGUAUUGUGCCCCUGAGGUUGCGCAAUACAUGCCGCGGAACUCAUCCUCGGAUCUGUGGUCACUAGGAUGCGUAUUUCUCGAAAUUUGGACUGUUUUGAAAGAGGAGACGAUCGACGCUCUUUACAAGUACCUUGAAGGUCAGGGAUCCCGGUCGAGUUGUCAUUAUCUGAAUCAUGCUUCAUCCCUUGCUUGGGCCCGUCUUCUGGAAAACAAGAAUGAGAAUGCUGAGGAGAACGUGCCUGUUACCUGGAUUCGUGGGAUGCUAGUGCCGGACCAAGCUCAGAGAUGGACGGGACAACAGCUAGCUAACCAUAUAGAAGAGUCCAACGAGAGUCCGGAUUACCGAUACGCUUUCUCGGGAGAAUGUUGUUACCAUGGGGAUAAUUCCACAAGUUCCAGCCAAUCUUCGAAGCGCUCUUCUAGGAUUUUGGAAGAAAUCACUGCCUCACUAGUUUCCCCCAAAACAAGGGUGGCUGAAGAACCAACUCGUGAGUACGAAUCAAGAUUCAACCAAGGAUAUCAACCUGAUAUCAUCAACAAGCCUUCUGCUACUGUGGCGCAAGGUGGACCUCUCUUUCGAGGGGCAAUGAAAACAUGGGAAAACACAGAGCAAGAGAAACAGAGGGAAGCCGAACACCUCUCUCGGUUGAAGGACGCGAUACAGCAGAAGAAAUUAAGAAGUGCUCAACAGACUUCUCUGACCAUUCGAUCAUCUGAGACACCUGGGGCUAGGCAUGGAAUAACGGAGAACCAACGUACUGCUGAACAAACCACGAUCAUUCCAACCACCACUACUUCAAUUCCGUCAAGGGACAGCAAAACCAUUCAGGCAAUACGACGGAAACCCCUGCCGAAUAUACCCGAUCAUAAGUUGCCUCUUCGUCCUCGUGAUGAUCCAGGCCCAGAAAAGAGGCAUCUUCAUUUCGUAAGCGAAAAGCAGAAGAGGCGUGUUAUCUCAUGCUUGCCAUGCCGCGAAAGCAGAUCCCGCUGCACUGGCGGUAUCCCAUGUGCGACGUGCUUGAAGAAGCGCACGAAGCCUCGCUGCGUUUACCCGAAGGUCAGUCCAGACAACACAGAUGUGGAUGAGCUCGCCGAAUUUGUGGACCUCCAGGAACCUCAUGAGAACCGACCUAAGCAAGAGAAACGAUAUGCUCAAGACAACUAUACGCCUGGUCGAAAAGACUCUGGAUUAGCCAUGCUAUCUGAUCCCAUUGCCAACCUACCACUUUUCGAUAGGGACGGGCGACCAACAGAUGGAAAUCGCCCGGUCGAAUUCACGGGCCUCCCGCCGCGAAUCCCAAGGGAUAAGCCACUGGGCACGAAAGUUGAUGAGCCCAAGGAGAAAGAUAAGAAUAAAAGACAAGGAGAAGACAGCUUAACGGAAGAUGAUGCCAAGCUCAUAGAAGCAUCCACUGGUGAAGACCGAGUUCGCAGUUUCCCGGGUUCGCAUAGAAAACCCCACAAUAAGAAGAAGGGAGAUAGGGCAGCAGAGACUGAUGAGGAAACAAUCACCCAGGAUCUCGUUACAAAGAACUUGACGAAAGCAAUGAACGACAACCCAUGGUGUGAGUACUCUCUACAGACCUGGUUGAACGGUGAUCAUGCUAACAGUACCCGAGCAUUCGAGCGAGCUGCUCCGUUGUCCUACAUCGAAGUUCGGGUCAACGACAUACCACUCAAAGCCUCCGUCGAAACAGGGAACCAGGUAACGAUAAUAACUCUGCCAACUGCUCAAAAGUGUAAGGUGGCAGCUUUGAUUGAUAAACGGUAUGCAGGCACUGCGAGAGGGGUAGGCACAGCAGAGAUCUUGGGACGAAUUCAUUUCGCUCAGAUCCAAAUUGGUCGACACACUCUAGCUAGCAGCUUUACUGUGAUUGGCUCAAUGGCGAUAGACGACGAGGUGAUGAAUGUGAUGUUGGGCCUGGAUUUCCUGAAGAGAUAUGACAUUGCGGUUGACUACAAAGAGAACUGUAUUCAUCUGAUGCAGGACAAAAUAUAUUUUCUUUAG